UCCCCGGACGUAGAUGAUCUUUGUUACAAACAUGGCGGCUCGCAUGUGAAUGUCAUGCCAUCUUAAUAACUCCCUGAAUCAGCUCGUGUUUGAAUGCGAUUAGUGAUCCUUUCAAGCUGAUCUCUUGUGAAGUUGUGUUUUUAUUCACCUGAGACAGCUGAGGAUCGGGCGGUACUUACUUUAUCCAGUAGUCCACUUCAACACGGGAUCAUGAUGGAGGCUGAGGGACAACUGAGAAACCUGCGGGAUUUCCUUCUGGUUUACAACCGCAUGACUGAAAGCUGCUUCCAGCGAUGCAGCAGCAACUUCAACUACAGAAACCUCACCAUGGACGAGGAGCGCUGUGUGGACAGCUGUGCCGGGAAGCUGAUUCGCUCCAACCACCGCCUGAUGAGCACCUACGUGCAGCUGAUGCCUCGGAUGGUGCAGCGUCGGAUGGAGGAGAUGGAGAGCAAGGCUGCGGAAAAUGCCAAGGCAGCAGAGGCCGCGGCUGCUGCUGCUGCUGCACAUGUGGAGCCUCCCGCCAUAGGGGCGGCAUCACCGGCAUCUCUAACCGCCAUCACCGUACCUCCACCCCCACAAGCACUUUCACCGUUGGAUCAACCUUUUACCUCAAUGACGAUCGACGACGUCGGAACACAGGCCCACGGCUCAGUCUUAAAGCCGGCAGGGUUAGAUAUUCCAUUUGAGCUGCUCGACAAAUCCACAACAGCCACAGAAGUCAAAUUAUCAGCCGCAGCACCACUCACACCUGCGGUCGUGACGGCGAAUCUCUCAGUGCUUAAUGAAGCUGGCGAUGGACCAUCUUAUACGGCAGGCUUUCCUCUGCCACCGAUAGCUGGUGCCCAAAUUGAGUCUGACUUCUCAGCGCCUGUGUUUAUGCCAUCUAAUCCAAAGUCUUUAUCAGCAGAUGUGCCUGUGUCAACAGUUGCUGCACCUACAGUGUCUAAAUCCAUUGAGAGCCUGUCAGGUCCGGAGAGAUCCCCAGAGGUUCGUCCGCCGUCAGGCCAGUAACGAAGGCCAGUCCGGGUGUGUCUCAGGUAGUCAAACUGACUCCCACCACAAACCACCCACAUCUGAUGAGUAACUCAUCACUGGCAAGUCCCAAAUGUGAUAUUCUCCAUAUUACUAAAAAGAAAAGUUGAUGAAUAGAUUACAUAAAUGAAAUACUUUUCAACGACUAUUAUACAUAUGUCAUAACCUUUUUCUGGCUACAGUCAAAUGUGAGCAUUUUUAUGCUUUUCUGUUUUCAUAUUGCAAAUUAAAAAAAUCUUUACAUUAGCAACUUGACGACCUCACGUAAGACUCUGUAACUUGUGCGGAUCUUGUCAUAAUUUUUUUUACAUUUUUAAAACAUUAACUGAUUUUGAAAAUAAUCUUAAAUUGCUGCUUUAGUGCCAUGUGAUCUACCAGGAAAAUAAGUCCUAUGCUAAGAAGCCUGGUGGUCAAGCAUGUCACUCAUGAUAUAUAAGAAUAUCAAUUAUUUAUAUUAUAUAGUAAUAUCUGACUGUAUUACAAAGUGUCAGAAAUAACAUGACAUUAAAAUCUGUACAUGUUUGUGAUAAGAGGCAAAAGUUGUAACGGUGUAUAUGAGUGUAGUAUGUGUGUGCAAUGUCAGUUGAAAAAUGAUUUUAGUGAUGGCAGUGAUAUUACCAUUCAAAGCUAAACCAAGGUUCAAUCUCCAGCCUGCAGCCUGGAUUCUGGAGGCCUGAUCAUAUUUGAACUUCAGUCUGGACUUUCAGCAUCAAUCUGACACCCUGAACACAUUCAGUCCUGGUAAUUGUUUGAAAGGUGACACAGUAAAUGCAGAAAUUAGAUAAUCUUCAAUAAUAAAAAUCAUGGUAUAUAUUA